AUGAGCUCCUACGAUAAGAAGUGGCUCAGACUUCCCAAAUUCCUCAGCAGAGUUGGAAUCUACAGUGAAUGGAUACUGUCAUUGCCUAUCCCUAAAUUGAGGCUUGAGAUCACACUCACGGAAUUCCGGGACCCAAUAGUGAGAGGCACUGCUCCCACCCUAGCAACAGGGAGGAAGUGGACCCCAGCCACAGCUGUGCCACGGGCCAAAUCUGCUCUUCGCCAUUGUGACGUGGUGGGUCACGUCCAACUUGGCAAAAGAGGAUUUGGUCUUGGAGCAGUAACACCUCUGUGGCAACAGGCAUCUGUAACCGAACGUCAAAAAAUGGUGGUGGAGGAGGUGCGUCGACAGGAGGAAACAGUAAGACAUGCCAGAGCCAUAGCACUGGCCAAGCAGGGUCGCUGGAUGAAUUGGGAAAGUGUUGAAAAGAGGAAACUCACAUGGAGUGAAAUCUGGGGAAUGGAGUCCAAUAGGCUAAGUUUCAUCAUCCGAGCGACAUACGAUGUGCUACCUUCCCCAAUAAAUCUGCAGCUGUGGUUUGGAAAGGACCCAUCUUGCACCCUGUGUACAGUCACAGCAACAUUUAAGCACAUCUCGGUUGGUUGUAGGACUAGCCUUACUCAGGGCAGAUACACAUGGAGACACAAUCAGGUCCUCAGGUGUCUAGCUGAGAAAAUUGAGAGCAAGAUAAAAUCCAUCAACGCUCAACCUUUCAUGAACCAAGAGGAGCGUCAGUAUUCAUCAGCAUUUGUCUGGGAGGGGGACAAGCCGAGGACUAGCCCUUCAACCUCACUGAAGGUUGCCAGGGAUUGGCAGAUGCAAGUGGACUUGGAUCAGAGGCAAAUUUUUCCCACAGAGAUCGUAAGAACUACUCUGCGACCAGACCGCGUCCUUAGGUCUAACUCCCAAAAAUUUGUGUACGUAACUGAGCUGAUGGUACCAUGGGAGGAAGCAAUUGAAGAAGCAUUUGAGCGUAAGACACUGCGCUAUGCCAACUUGCCAGCUGAGGCAGAGGACAGAGGCUGGGAGAUCAAAGUGUGCCCGGUGGAAGUAGCUUAUCCUGUUGUAUUUGCUGCAAUUUUUGUGUGUGGUAUCGGUGGGACAUUUCAUUAUGGAUACAGCGUGUCUGUGAUGACCUCCCCCUCUGUUUUUAUAAAGGAGCUGGUGAAGCAAACAUGCGUGCAAAGAUACGGUCUCUCCCUGGAGCCAUGGCAGCUCUCGCUCAUCUGGUCCUUCACAGUGUCCAUUUUCUGCAUUGGGGGUUUACUGGGGUCGCUAGCUGCUGGUUCACUGGCGUCAAAAUUUGGCAGAAAGCGAUGCCUUUUGUUAAACAACUUUGUGGCUAUACUUGGCAGCGUGUUGAUGCUCUUGAGUAAAACAGCCAUGUCCUUUGAGAUGAUCAUGGCAGGACGAUUUUUCUUUGGCAUUAAUUCAGGAGCCAGUCUUGCAGUUUAUCCAAUGUACGUCAUGGAAAUCGCUCCUCGGAAGCUGAAAGGGAUUGUUGGCAUGUUCAUUGGUUCCUUCAUGUCUUUGGGGAAGUUCUCUGGCCAACUGCUGGGGAUCAGUGAGUUACUUGGUACAGAGAAGCUGUGGCCCUGGCUGCUUGGUUUCAUCGGUUUCACUGGGUUGUUUCAACUCAUCACCCUGUUCUUCCUGCCAGAAUCUCCCAGCUUCCUGUUGCUGGACAGAGGAGACCAACGAACCUGUGAAAAAGCUUUAAAGCAGCUUUGGGGCAAUAAGGACUACAGCAGAGAGAUCGAGGAGAUGCUGGAGGAGAAAGCUGCCCUGCAGAGUGUCCGCAGCUACUCAGUGUUGGAGCUGAUUCAGAACAAAACGAUCCGCUGGCAGCUGAUCACUGUCGCUGUAACUUUCACCUCAGUGCAGCUCUGUGGCAUCAAUGCUGUGUACUUUUAUUCUUUUGAUGUGUUUCGUGCGGCGGGAAUCCCAGAAGAAAAGUUACGAUACGCUGCCUUGGGGACAGGGCUCUGUGAAUUUUCUACUGUUGUAUUCUGUUUCAUGAUUAUUAACAGAACAGGAAAAACGGCCCUGCUCUUCAGAGGCUACGCAGGAAUGUCUGUGACACUAGUUUUCCUCACCAUCACUUUGUACCUGCAAAGUCAGGUCUCCUGGAUGCCGUACUGCAGCAUGGUCCUUAUUUUCCUCUGUAUAGUCUUUUUUGCCAUUGGUCCAGUUGGAGUUACACCUAGUCUUCCAGGGGAACUCUUUGCUCAGCCUUUCAGAUCGGCUGCGUACACAAUCUCUUGCAGCCUCAACUGGUUAGUCCUGUUUGUGGUUGGGAUGGUCUUCCCCAUCCUAGUGGAGAAACUGGAUUACUUUUGCUUUCUCAUUUUUCUGUUUUCUUGCUUCAUCUGUGGGCUUUAUAUGAAGUUCAACGUCCCCGAAAUCAAAAAUAAGACACCGCUGGAGAUCGCUGCAGAAUUUGAUAAGAAGCAUUGCAAACCCAAAAGAGAAGACGUGACUGAGAAGUACGCCAAUAGAAUCAUAUCAUACGAAACCAAACUGUGA